GAAAUUUGGAGGACCGCUGCGUCAUUUCGACCUCCCUACCACCUUCCUCACAUUGGCAAGCUAUCUAGCUUUCCAUGUUUGCUCUUGCCUUAGCUCACAUUCUCUCUCUGUAUCUUUCUGUGCGCGCGUUAACGUUUGUGCAAGUUUAAUUGAAAGAUAGAGAGAGAGAGAGAGAGAGAGAGAGAGAGAGAGAGCUUCAGAAGACGGUGGUCGGAGGUGUUAACUUCCGUCGGUGUUGUUUUCACCAAUCCUUCGUUUCUCUCUUUCUGAGUGGGAGAUAUGAGUUUAAUAUUGUCUGCAAUUCUCAGAUUGGUCCUUCUCUGCAUUCUUCUUCUCUGUUUCUCUACUCAUACAUCACAUACUUUGUCUCUCCUCGCGGUCGAGUCGGAGCCUGACGUUGUCUUAGAGGUAGUUAAUGCAACCGCCAAUGCGUCGUUUGCGAGAUCCGAUGGGGAUAGCUUCGCUAACAUGAUUGAUCGGGCUCUGGAGAGGGAGUUCCCCGAGAAUGAACAGAAUGAAGAUGCUGAUGCUGGUAGUUUCAAUAAUAGUGUUGCUGGACAGCAGGCUGUUUUGGAGACUGUUGCUAGAGUUAAGAGCAAGAAAAAUGAGAGCAAGGAGGAAAAGUCAUUUCAGUUCCAUGAUGUUUUCAAUUUGGAUAAUGAGAAUGGAGCAGAAGACAUGCCAACAUUAAUUGAUCGGAAGGACAAUGUCUUUAUCAUGUCCAACCGCAAGUCAAAGUAUCCUAUUCUUCAAUUAGACUUGAGAUUAAUAUCAGAUCUUGUAGUUGUCAUUGUAUCUGCAACAUGUGGUGGCAUUGCCUUUGCUUGUGCUGGACAGCCGGUCAUGACUGGUUAUCUGCUAGCAGGAUCAAUCAUUGGACCUGGAGGCCUGAGUUUUGUCAGUGAAAUGGUCCAAGUUGAAACAGUAGCUCAAUUUGGUGUUAUAUUUUUGCUGUUUGCAUUGGGCCUAGAGUUUUCCACCACAAAGCUUAGAAUUGUCCGAGCAGUGGCUAUUCUUGGAGGUCUUCUCCAAAUUUUCUUAUUUAUGUGUUUGUGUGGAAUUACGGCCCUGUUAUGCGGUGGUAAAUCUUCUGAGGGAAUAUUUGUUGGUGCAUUUUUAUCUAUGUCUUCAACAGCAGUGGUCUUGAAGUUCUUAAUGGAAAGAAAUAGUGUCAAUGCCCUUCAUGGCCAAGUUACAAUUGGAACUCUAAUUCUGCAGGAUUGUGCUGUUGGUUUGCUCUUUGCAUUGCUUCCAGUCUUGGGUGGUACAUCAGGCAUUCUUCAGGGAGUAAUAUCCAUGACUAAAUCGUUGGUGGUUUUAGUACUAUUUUUGGCCCUUUUAUCAGUAUUAUCACGCACUUGUGUACCAUGGUUCCUUAAGCUUAUGAUAAGUUUAUCAUCUCAGACCAAUGAACUCUAUCAAUUGGCAUCAGUGGCAUUCUGCCUGCUUGUUGCGUGGUGUAGUGAUAAGUUGGGUUUAAGUCUUGAACUGGGUUCCUUUGCUGCGGGAGUGAUGAUAUCAACAACGGAUCUUGGCCAACACACUCUUGAACAGGUUGAGCCUAUUCGCAACUUUUUUGCUGCUCUGUUCUUGGCCAGCAUUGGGAUGCUUAUACAUGUCCAUUUCCUUUGGAAUCAUGUUGAUAUUUUACUGGCAGCUGUUAUAUUGGUGAUCAUUGUAAAAACUAUAGUAGCUGCUUCUGUUGUUAAAGGAUUUGGAUACGGCAACAAGACUUCACUUCUUGUUGGGAUGUCAUUGGCACAAAUUGGGGAGUUUGCCUUUGUUCUUCUCAGUCGUGCCUCAAACCUUCAUUUAGUUGAGGGAAAAUUAUAUCUAUUGCUCCUUGGAACAACAGCUCUCAGUCUGGUGACUACACCAUUGCUUUUCAAGCUCAUUCCUGCUGUUGUGCAUCUUGGAGUGUUGCUGCGAUGGUUCCCUCCUGAUAGUCCAAUUGAGAUUGGAUAUAAAGGGGAUAGCUUUCGUUCAGACAGUGCCAAGCGUAUUACUUUGAUAGUUCAAGGCCCUCAUGAUUCAUGAUACUUGAAUGAAAUAUUAUAUAACCCAAGAAAUUCAAUUGUGCGGCAUUACCUAAUGGAGUGACAGAGAAGCCCAGAAAGUGCAAAGGAGUCUUUUGAGUUAUACCCUUACCCUCUAUUCAAUUGCUAAGCACUUCACAUGCUGCUGCUUGCGUCCGAAACAACCUGUACUGGAAACUCCAAAUGUUCAAAACAUAAAUCAAACUCACAUCAAGUGGCCAGCCGUUUUAAGCGUCAUCCACAUACUGACCUACCAAGUAUGGGCCAUGCUAUUAAGACAGAGCGGCUCUUUUUUUCCACCCUUUUUUUCUGUAAAGUAAUAUCCAUUUUGUAAGGUAAUUCUUUCUAAUAUGCAUUCUUUUCAUUUAUUUUGGCCCCCCUCUUAAAAAUGUCAGUUUAUUGGUUUUCAUGUAUGUAUAACUUUCAUACUGUACAAGUCUCAAUCAACUCGGCCGAAGAAGAAAUUCUCAAAAUCAAGUCGGCCGUCAAAAUCUCAGGUAUUAUGACAUUCAUUAGCAAUUAAUCAGAUGAUUGAUUUUUGGUUUU